UCGGUUGAAGAGCAUUAUCGCAGUAGGAUGGGGUCACCAGCGGGCAGCACGGUGACAGCUGGAGCCUGAGAAAACAAGCGGACGGACGCUGUUGUGGAGCCACAGCGAGUCAUGUUCGCCAAAGGGAAGGGCACCGUGGUGCCAUCGGACGGACAAGCGAGGGAGAAGCUAGCCUUGUACGUCUACGAGUACUUGCUGCAUGUCGGGGCCCAGAAGUCAGCACAGACCUUUUUAUCAGAGAUAAGAUGGGAGAAGAACAUAACGCUGGGUGAACCUCCAGGCUUUCUGCACUCAUGGUGGUGUGUAUUCUGGGACCUGUACUGUGCUGCACCUGAAAGAAGGGACACUUGCGAACACUCGAGCGAGGCCAAAGCUUUCCAUGACUAUAGUGCAGCAGCAGCUCCGAGCCCAGUGCUGGGGAACAUGCCCCCCGGAGACGGGAUGCCAGGGGGCCCCAUGCCUCCAGGUUUCUUCCAGGGUCCCGCUGGCUCCCAGCCGUCCCCUCAGCCUCCACCUAACGCUAACAUGAUGGGAGCGCAUGGACAGGCCUUCAUGUCUCCACGUUACGCGGGAGGACCUCGGCCUCCCAUCAGGAUGGGGAACCAGCCUCCUGGAGGGCAGCCUUUACCGCCGAAUGUAAUGGACCCAACACGGCCUCCAGGUCAUCCCAACCUGGGACAAAUGCAGAGAAUGAACGUGCCUCGAGGGAUGGGUCCAAUGGGGCCUGGACCACAGUCUGAUCCUUGGUUGUCAUUGCAGAACUACGGUGGUGGGAUGAGGCCUCCGAACUCUAUGGGCCCAAACAUCCCAAACAUGGGACCAGGGACCGGCAGGCCGUGGCCUAAUCCCAAUAAUGCUAACACGAUCCCAUAUUCUUCAUCAUCUCCUGGCACAUAUGUGGGUCCUCAAGGAGGAGCUGGGGGAGGCUGUCCACCAGGAACCCCCAUAAUGCCCAGUCCAGCAGAUUCCACUAACUCUGGUGAAAACCUGUACACGAUGAUAAACUCAGUGCCGCAGGCAGGGAACAGAUCCAGCUUCCCAAUGGGCCCAGAUGGCCCCCUGGGAGGGAUGGAGCCUCACCACAUGAACGGCUCAUUAGGCUCAGGUGACAUGGAUGGAAUUCCCAAGAAUUCUCCGAAUAACCUGAGCAGCCUGAGUAACCCGCCUGGUACUCCGAGGGACGACAGCGAUUUAGGAGGGAACUUCCUGCACUCUUUCCAAAACGAGAAUUAUUCCCCAACGAUGACCAUGAGCGUGUGAUCAGCGCUCCGUAGUGGCCCAGAACCACAGAGAGAGCCGAGAACAUCAGAGAACCAGAGACGAUUCUGACAGCAGGCUGACAUACCAGUGAGAACAACUUAUAAAAACUCCCGGAUCUCAACAUGGCCAACAUAUCGAACAUAUCGUCUUCAGGACAGGGUGGACUGGUCGAUCUUUUGUACAGCAGUUUUUCUUUGUUUGCGUUUUUUUAUGGAUAUUUUAUUUGAAAGUCAGAUGCGGUCGCUAUGGUGCUGGACCUCUUCGAAAGCCAUCAUUGGACCAGCGCAGCGGACGAGACCAAAAAAAAAGAAAUAAAAGAACUUUAUAAUUUAACCA